AUGAACUCGUCCUGUGCAGAUAUCUUGUUAUUCUCAGCCUGCAAGUGGAACAUAACAUGCCAUUUACUCAUGACUGAUAACAAGGACAUGUUAGAUGGUACAAUGAGCAACAAAUACUGGAUUGAGGUUCAGCUUGGCUGGGGUGACUUUGACUUGCAUGAUAUUGAGCACCAUACACAUGCAAAAUUCUUGGACUAUGUACAUUCUUUGUUGCUUUCCUAA